AUGAUGACAAGUUGUGGUCAACAGUCCUUGAAUGUGCUGAUGGUGCUGCUUUCAUUACUCUUGUCAGCAGUGUUGUCUGCACAUUUUCGAGUCUGUGAGCCAUAUACAGACUACAAAGGUCGCUACCACUUUGGUUUUCAUUGCCCUCGUCUUUCUGACAAUAAAUCUUACAUCUUUUGCUGUCACCAUAACAACACAGUGUUUAAAUACUGCUGCAAUGAGACGGAAUUUCAGACUGUUAUGCAGAUGAACUUAACAGGGAACACAGAUGGAUAUAUGCAUAACAACUACAGCGCACUGCUAGGAGUAUGGAUCUAUGGCUUUUUUGUGGUGAUCUUGCUGGUACUGGACCUUUUAUAUUACUCUUCAAUGAACUAUGAUAUUUGCAAAUUUUACCUGGCACGGUGGGGAAUCCAGGGGAAGUGGAUGACACAGGGACAGAGUCGAUGGAUUAACACUCCUCAGGAUCCAAGCCAGACACAGCCUCAGCCAGAGACACAGCCUCAAACUCAGCCACAGCCUCAAACGUCCCAGACAGUACAUACUUUAAAAGGAGAUGCUUUAAGCCCACCCCUGAUGUCUUUUCAGAGUACAUCUGCCUGCGUUAAGCGGCGAAUGUAUGUUAGGAUCAGAGUCAUUGGAUAUGGGCUGAUUGAGCUUCCCUAUUUUAGCUGUUUUUCAGCCUUUCCAUCAAAUUGGGACAUUCGUCAGCUUCAGCAAAGUCUUUCAAAUGGACUGUACAGUUGA